CAGAUCCAAUCAGAGCGCAGUUUCUGCCAGUGCGGAAGUGCGUGAAGCCGGUGUCUUGCGGAUGUCAAUCGUAAGCAUGCUGCUGUGGAUUCUGUCCGGCUUUCUGCUUCUCUUCAGCAGUUUUGACGUCUGGUACUUCUUGAGAGCGACGUGGAUGGUGAUCAAGUCCUGGUUCCAGGGGCCGGUUCGAGAUGUUCUGGCGGAGCAGGUGGUUCACGGAAGGGUUUUCCUCCACGACCUGGACUUUAUGUGUCACAUGAAUAACGCCCGCUAUCUGCGCGAGUGCGACUUCGCGCGCUACGCGUACUGCACGCGGAACGGGCUCUUCCUGGCGGCGCGUGCGUUUGACGCCUCCAUGCUGAUCGGAGCCACCACCAUCCGGUACCGGCGCUCGCUGGCGUUCGGCGAGGCCUUCGAGCUGCGCACGCGGAUCGUGGCGUGGGACGAGAAGUCCUUCUACCUGGAGCAGAGGUUCGUGUCCAAGACAGACGGGUUCGUUUCUGCUGUCAUGCUGUGCAGGCAGAAUGUCAUUGGCGGAAAUCCACAGACGAUCUUGGAUCACCUUUGCAAGAGGAAGGUGGAUUGCCCUGAGAUUUCAGAGGAUCUUCAGCACUGGAUCAGGUUCAUCUCUGCCAGCAGUCAGGCUCUGAGAGCAGAGAGUGGACUGGAUGAAAAGACCAAAUGAUCAUUUCAAAGACUCUUACCGUAAGCCUUCCUUCUGCAUGUAAGUUUCCCGUGAUGCUAACCUUGAAACCAUAACUCUCUAAUGUCCGUUUUAAAGUUACAAAAAGGUUUUCUGGUCCAGAACCUGUGGCUGUUGGCAGCUUCAGUGUUUACUCCACCACACCAGCCCUCCGUAUAGUUGAUUUGUUUAAAAGUAUUACAAGGUCAUUAUUGUAAUUACAAAAUCCGUUCCAGAAGCUGCAAGAAAUAUGACUGACAAACCACUGAGCAUGAAUAUCUGUUGAGCGCAUGAAUGAAUGUUGAAUACUUGACUCCAUUGACUUGAACGCUGGGGGUUUUGAACUCUCCUAUGACCAAAUACGCACAUUAACGUAAGAUAAAUUGCAUCGAAAAGAUUUGCACUGAGUAUUUUAAUAGUAUAAAAGGUAGAUGAGUUCUGAGCAGUGAAUUGGAACAAGUGUAUUGUUUUAUCAUAUCACAUCAUGGAUUUGUUGUGCUGGUCAGAUAUGUUAAUGUAGUUAUUUAUUCCAAUUUAAAACUGAAACGGUUUAUUAUUGUUGUUAUUUAUGAAAUGGGAACAUGUAUUUAUUAAAACAAAAUUCUGAGAUUUGCAUAAUUUGUUUGAGAAGAGUCUGUAUGUAAAGUAAUUUAAGCACCUGUAAUGAAACUUGAAGACUUGCGUUAUGAAAUAAAGUAUUAUAAAUAA